CUUUACGCCACCAAUAGCAGCGUUUGGUAUUCCAUCGUACCUACUAUACCUUACUCGAACAUGGCCACUCAAGUCCCUCCAUCGACCACCCCUACUCCGUUCGCUAACCGUCCGGCUCCCCCGACGAAAGAUCUCGAGAUUCCCGAGGACUACAAAAAGACUUUCCGCGGAAGAGGGACUGUUAGCAAGUUCGUCGACCCCUGUGAAGCGGCUAGGAAGGCGUCUUUAGAUUGUCUCGAAAGGACACAAUACAACCGCUCAGAGUGUACCGACUUUUUCACCGCGUACAAGGAAUGUAAAGGAAACUGGCUUGCGCAACGGAAAGAAGACAGGAUGAAAGGAAGAGAUACUGUCUGAGGCUUCAUCACCACACUAUCCUUGGGGGAGGGGGGAUCCGGUUCAUUAUGCAUUUCUACGGCCUAUGGUGCCGUGUAAGCCGUUAUGUUACUGUUGUCACAUAUGGAAUCGGGCAUCGGAUCGGCUAGUCGCAGCCAUUCCUGAUGACUAAGUAUACAUUUUAAUCAUUUAGUACAGGGGAUCAAACACAAGGCAAAUUGUGUUGGAAAGGCCCGGUCGAUAGCCUCUUUUUUGAGAUGAAGCAGUGCGUG